AGAAGCUUCAGCCAGGACAACAGGUCGUCUCUCGGACUUCCUUCCAGUGUUCUAGUAUUGUUUCCUCCAUGGCCCUCUCCCACACCUAGCCCAUCACCACUCCAGGACUUCCCAACCAACAGACAUCCUUCUCUUCACCUAGAUUCUACCCCCCUCACCAACACCACCGCCCCCCUGCCCCACCCAAGUAAUUCUGUCCAACCAGGAUGGAUACGCUCUAAUCCUAAACCAAUUAAGAAUGCUAAUCCACCAGAGGCCUGAUUUGCAAACUGCUCCCUAAUCUGGGGAGAACAGCCUGAGUGGCCAAAGGCCAGGGACAGAAGUAGCUUGAGAGAGACAUUUGCAUUUACCACAUCCUGGAGGUCGGUGUUCUUUUCCUGAUGUCCCUCCCCAUUCUACCUUAAACUGGGUGACCACCCCUAUGAAGACAAAAGAAAACUGCUUUCUCAUCUACCUUCCAUCUGGUGGACCUGGGUCUAAUGCCUGGGACCACGAUGGUGGGUGCAAAGGCGGUCACAGGCCCUAACACCUCCCUUCGCCGGACACAACGCACUGGAGUCAGCAGUGUCAUGGUGAAUCCUCCCUUCUAUCAGGUGUCUUGCUGUUGGCCUGCUCCCUGUACCUGCUGCUGCCAUUCUAGAUGGCCCCUUGUCACAGAGUCUACUUGUAGCCGCCUGAUCUACAUCCUCCUUCAUGUGGGGGCCUCAGCAGUCUGCUGCCUUCUGCUGUCAAGGACAGUAGUGGAAAGGGUCUGGGGGAAGGCACAUGGGAUCCAGAUGCCCUCAGGGUUGUGUGCCCAUCUGUUUGGCCACUCUCACUGCCCAGUGCUCAGUGGUUCUGGGGCUGUGUACCGAGUAUGUGCGGGAACUGCCACCUUCCACCUGCUGCAGGCUGUGCUGCUAGUCCAGCUCCACUCCCCUACCAGCCUGCGGGCACAACUACACAAUAGCUUCUGGUUCCUCAAACUGCUGUUCCUGCUAGGUCUCUGUGCUAUUGCCUUCUGCAUCCCUGAGGAGCAUCUCUUCCCAGCCUGGCAUUACAUUGGCAUCUGUGGAGGCUUCACAUUCAUCCUGCUGCAGUUGGUGCUUAUCACAGCCUUUGCCCAUUCCUGGAACAAAAACUGGCAGACAGGUGCAGCCCAAGACUGCCGCUGGUUCCUAGCUGUACUGCUGGCCACCCUGGGAUUCUACAGCAUGGCAGGUGUGGCAACUGUGCUCCUGUUCCACCACUACACACAUCCAGCUGGCUGCCUGCUCAACAAGAUGCUGCUUAGUCUACACCUUUGUUUCUGUGGCCUCCUCUCCUUUCUCUCCAUCGCUCCCUGCAUCCGCCUCAAGCAACCCCGUUCUGGCCUUCUACAGGCCUCUAUCAUCAGCUGCUAUAUCAUGUACCUUACCUUCUCUGCACUGUCCAGCCGUCCUCCAGAGAGUGUUAUCUUUGAAGGACAGAACCACACUCUGUGCCUGCCUGGCCUGAGUAAAAUGGAAUCGCAAACACCAUAUACAUCGCUGGCAGUGCUGAGUGCUGGCAUCAUGUAUACUUGUGUGCUUUUCGCUUGCAAUGAGGCUUCCUACCUGGCUGAGGUAUUUGGGCCCUUGUGGAUCAUCAAGGUUUACAGCUAUGAGUUCCAGAAGCCCUCACUCUGUUUCUGCUGCCCUGAAACAGUGAAACCAGAGGAAGGGCAGAGGGGUGGGGCUACCAGGCCAACUGACCAAGAGACCUCUCCAGCUCCUCCAGUGCAAGCCCAGCAUUUCUCCUACAGCUAUUCUGCCUUCCAUUUUGUCUUCUUCCUUGCAUCACUCUAUGUCAUGGUUACCCUUACCAACUGGUUCAGCUAUGAGGGAGCAGAACUGGAAAAGACCUUCACCAAGGGUAGCUGGGCUACCUUCUGGGUCAAGGUUGCCUCAUGCUGGGCCUGUGUACUCCUCUAUCUUGGGCUGCUCCUGGCACCACUCUGUUGGUCCCCCACCCAGGACCUCCAGUCACCUACUUUCAGGCGACAAUGCCAUCGCAUCAGUACUGCAAGAUAACAAAUAUUCAGCUAGGUACUGUUAACAAACUGGGGGUUCCCUUGAGGUUGUACUCCUAGUUUUGACUGAGGAACUGUCCAGCGCAGCAGAUACCUCAAGGACAUAAUGGGCAGUUAUCUCCCUUUAGACUGGUCAGUACUAUGUCUGAAUAGGAGAAAGUGGCCAUACAUACUCUAAAUGCCAUGGGCAGAGUAUAUGACUCACUGGAGCUACUGUUACAUCUUUACCCCAGCUCAAGAACCUAACUCCCAAGUUAGCAGCUCAGGAACCACUGCUGAUCCCAGCAGACAGUGUGGCACCAGCCCUUUCCUGGCUCUCAGCAUGGAGAUGGGGGCAGGGAAAGACCAAGGACUGAAGACUUACUUGGGUCUGCCCUUGGAGAUAAAAAGGAAAAUAAGCAAGCCCUGGGCCCAGGGAGAUAAGCAGCCCAGAACAAACCAGGACACAGAAAGAAAGGAACAAAGACCACCCUAGGUUUUAAUCCUGAUCUUGAGGUCAAAGGAAGCAGGAAGACAAAAACCACCCUCAAUCCUUGAAGAAUGACAGAACAGAAGAGAAUGUGAAUACUAGAGAGCAGCAGGAUUUGGGAGCCAACUAUCAAGCAGGCGAACAAAAUGAGGAAGAAUGAGAAAGAGGGGCAUAAACUUAGGUCUUGAAGCCUUCCUUCUUAGACCCUCAACUCCAUCCUUGGGAUGGUGUUCAAGGUCUGGGUGGGAACAAAAAUCACAGAAAAGAAGUUCCUACGGUUCUUAGAGGAUUCCUCUACCACAUACCUGGAGUACUUGUCUGUUUGUUGUAGUAUAAUAAAGAA